UGGCCGGAUGUGCCUUGCUUCCGGGGGUGAGGCUGUGAAGACCUUUUAGGUUCGGUCUUACAACAAGAGAGUGAAAUUUGUGUUGGUGAGGAGAGAAGAGGAUUUUGUAGUGGUGGUGAUGGUGUUUGCUGACAGCACUUUCUAGCAGAUCCAGUUGCAUGGCCUUAGAGCCAGUAAUUACACAGAGAAUGGGUCCAGAGAGGAUCUGUCCAAAUGAGCAUGAAGAGUUGGGGCUUCAAGAACCAUCUGAUGGAAUUCUUGAUCCUGUUGGGGAAUGGAGUAGUGAAGAACCAGAAGAGGAGGAGGAGGAAGGUAUCAAUAAUGGCUACGUGUACCAGCCACUGAACCAAGAACCGGAUCAGGGACCAGCAACACAUGAAUUAACAGUACCUAGCAUGGAACCAGCCUUUGACAUCAAUGAGCGACUUCAGGCAAUGAGACUACAUCUGCCUGACCCACCUGUCGACAGUGAUAACGAGGAAGAGAAGGAGAGACUUGUAGCUCAAAGCAGUCGCAACUCAAUCCCCAUGGAUCCAGAACAUGUGGAGUUAGUGAAAAGGACUAUGGCUGGAAUCAAGCUCCCUACACUGAGCAUCCCUGCAUGGGCCAAUGAGAUAUCAGAUGAGCAGUGGCAGGAUAUGGUGCAACGAACACUGCAAGACAGACAAAGUCAGGAUGGCUUUAAGCCAGAAUGGAAAUGAAGAACCAUGGUGAACUCCCUGCCUACAGAGAAAACAGCUAAGCAAGAGCUAUUCUAUUUUAAGCUAUCUUUCUCUAAACGUUUGGGUAGAUAUUUCAUCUUUCUCCAGCAGUGAACCUGUCAAUUCAUCUGGUAAAACUGAAAAUCAGUUGUCUGUAAUACUUAGGUCAUCACCAGUAAGCAUUUAUAACUAUGAGGCUGUUUUCUUAAUCUUGAGAAGAAAAAAAGCCUUUUGUGUUGUUUAGUCUCUUCUUUCUCCUCUCCUCUACUACCUAUUGUUUCAUAUAACACACGGGCUAAAGAGCUAAACAUGGCCAUGAGGUGCAGUCCAGUGUAUCAUCUUUUCAAGAGAUCCAUUUUAUUUAGUUCUGUACAUACAGGGACAUCUGUACAAAAUCCAACACUGUCAUACUAUGUAAUACUCUACUGAAAUAAA